GUUUCUUGGUUGGUGGCAGUUUUCCCUUUUGUCACCGCCUCUUUUCCUCCUAGUUCGCCAAUAGCAGAUGGUGAAGAGGAAAGACAAAAGCCUCCCCCAAGUCUCCCAGAAACUCCAAAUGCAGUAAGAAAGACAUUACAAAUUAAUACUAGAUUAGUAGUUCAUACAGCAGCUUCAUCAAUCCUGAAGCCAUUGAAAGAAAAGGGGAGUGAUUUAUAAGGUUGUGUCAAAAUGAAUGAUUUGAUCUCGAGUUCGUUCAAGAAAUACACAGACCUGAAGCAACAGGCCUACCUGGACGACAUGGAAGCAGGUAAUGAGAGCGUUAAUCUCGAUAAAUUCUUUGAAGAUGUGGAGAAUGUGAAGGAAGACAUGAAGAAUGUGGAACGGCUGUACAAGGCAUUACAGGAAGCCAAUGAAGAGAGCAAAACCGUGCACAAUGCGAAGACCAUGAAGCAACUACGUGCCCGAAUGGACACGGACGUUGAGCAGGUCCUUAAAAGAGUCAAAAUCAUCAAGGGGAAGCUUGAAGCUUUAGAACGUUCCAAUGCAGCUAGUCGAAGCAUUCCAGGUUGUGGUCCUGGAUCGUCUGCGGAUAGAACCAGAACCUCAGUGGUUAGUGGCUUGGGAAAGAAACUGAAAGUUUUGAUGGAUGAUUUUCAAGGACUGAGGUCAAGAAUGCAGUCAGAAUAUAAAGAAACAGUGGAACGCAGGUAUUUUACCAUCACGGGGCAGAAGGCUGAUGAAGACACGAUUGAGAAUUUGAUAUCGAGUGGUGAAAGCGAAAGCUUCCUGCAAAGGGCCAUCCAGGAACAAGGAAGAGGUCAGAUUAUGGAUACCAUAUCCGAAAUUCAAGAAAGGCAUGAUGCUGUUAAGGAGAUAGAGAAGAACUUGAUCGAACUCCAUCAGAUAUUCCUGGACAUGGCUGCCCUUGUGGAAGCUCAGGGUCACCAACUCAACGACAUCGAAAGCCAUGUUGCUCAUGCCAGUUCCUUUGUCAGACGAGGUACUGAAAACCUUCAGGAGGCUAGGGAAUAUCAGAAGAACUCAAGGAAGUGGACGUGUAUUGCAAUUCUUGCUGCUGCUGUCCUCAUUUUUGUCCUCCUUUUACCACUCUUACCAACAAUUAUAAAUCUCUUGUAGGAAGUCAAAAAGGAACAAAAAAGCAAAAUUUUCUCUACUUGAGAUGUAUUCUGAUUUUCAGCCUAAAAAACUUCAGUUUAGUUCGUACA